AUGCAAGAAAAUAAAGAUCUACAGGAGUUUUCAGCCCCUGAAGUCAAGCUGUGGCUAAAAACGAAAAACUUCUCAGAUGAAACUGUUGAAAAUUUUGAAGAUGAGCAACAAAAAAUUGAUGGGAAAGCCUUGAUAUACUUAGCAGAGCACGGGAGUGCACAGCAGUACGAGGCUUGUGGUUUAAAGACUGUCGGGGAGCAACUGCAUUUCAAACAAAUUGUGAAGACCACAACCGAUGACUCCACAACAACGUCAAGACUAGCUGCAGGCUGUAGAAAAGCGCAUAAGCCAAGGAAGGAGGAUAUCCGAAAGUUAUCCCCGAUGAACCAACGGAUUUAUAAGACCAAACGUAGUGCAGUGCGUCAAGCUGCUAUUAACAAAUGGCCAGGAAAUGACAUACCAACUUUCAAAAAAAAAUCCACUGCAUUGGAAGAGCUAGAAGAAUUGGUCAACCAACUUAAAAAAGAAUGUAGCUUUGAGCCAGCCGACUUCGAUAGAAAGGGAAUAAAACAACAUGUAUUGGAUGUUUUGAAUGAAAGAAGGCGCCAUUUAAGAAGUGGACAUGACUACACUAAGGAAGACAAAAGGAAACUAAAAAAAGUGAAAACUGACAGUGAUGGUUCAAGCAGCAUGGCUAGUACAGCCUCAACAGAAAUUCUGUCUGAACAAUCAGAAGAUGAAGACUUGUCACCAAGAAAGGGAAAAACGUCCCCCCAAAUCAUACCUGAAACAUAUACUGAUGAUGAUAGUGAUUAUGAUCAGCCAUUGACACAGGUAAGCAAUAACCAACCCAAAGAAGAUGAUAAGGAAGACAAGAUGACAGAUGAAGAGAAAAGUACAGUACCUUCAAAUGCAGCACAAAUAAUUAUGCAGGUUGCCUUUAAUGCACUUCAGUUCAAAGAUAUAUCUAAGAAGCAACUAAUUUCCUAUGUCAAAAAGUAUAAGCUACACCUCAAACCCACAACAUUAGAAAAAAACAUGUGUGCACAACUGCUUGCUGAAUACUUUAUUCAGGAGGGCUAUGUCAAAGUUCAAUGCCCAUUGAAUAAGAUUGACCGAGAAAAAGUGUACAAACUGAAAGUUUUUUAA